UUCUUUGGGCCAAUUAUAGAGGGAAUAUAUAAACAGAAAACCGUGUUUGGCAAGGGCGUUACGGUUUCCCACCCUUUUUUAUUUAUUUAUUUUAACAAAUCAUUAAUAACCGGCUCCCUAAAUCAUCAUAACCCGUUCCGAGAAGAUAAAACUAGGGAAAGUCUCUUUGGAUUUCCAAUACGACAGUUCUCUGCACAAACCCUAGAGUUCGUGCAAUAUCCAUCGCUUUCUCCUCGAUUCAUCAAUUCUGCUAUUCGCGAUCGUCUUCUCAAAAAAUCUCACCGACACUCUUUGAGGAUCCCGUUGUUUCGAUUCUAUUUCAUUGAUUUGGGUGCGUGGGAGCUCCAGGAUCUUCUGGAUUGAAGCCACACCGUUCGAUUGGGUUGUCGCUAUGUUCUGAAGAUUCAUUCUUUCGGAGAUUUGGAGUGUAGCUGAGAUUUGUUCCUGCCGAUUACUCGAUUCGAUUCAACACACGGCCCUGAGCUCGCCGGAAUUUCUCCUUGAUCUGUAGAUUUGGUGCUGUCUUGACGCGCGUGAGAGGCUUCGUCUGUGGAAUCUUCUGAAGUCGAAUCAGAGAAAUAAAUCGAAUGGCAAUUUAUUACAAGUUUAAGAGUGCGAGGGAUUAUGAUACCAUCUCCAUGGAUGGCCCUUUUAUAUCAGUUGGUUUUCUCAAAGAAAAAAUUUACGAAACAAAGCAUUUGGGAAGUGGUAAAGACCUUGACAUUGUCAUCUCUAAUGCCCAAACUAACGAAGAAUAUUUGGAUGAAGCAAUGUUAAUCCCAAAGAAUACUUCUGUCUUGAUUCGCCGCGUCCCUGGGCGCCCUCGCAUCAGAAUUAUUGCCCAACCAGAGCCGAGGAGAGUCGAGGAGAAAGUGGAAAGCGUUCAGACUGAUAUGAACAGUCCUAUUACUGCUGCGGCACCUACAGCUGAAGAUGAGUGGGAUGAGUUUGGGAAUGAUUUGUAUUCAGUUCCUGAUCCCCCAGCUGUCCAUAAUAGUAACCCAAGUCCUGAUCCUGCACCAGCCGAUGAGAAAGUAGACGAAGAAACCAAACUUAAGGCGUUAAUUGACACUCCAGCAUUAGACUGGCAGCAACAAGGUACAAAUGGUUUUGGACAAGGCAGAGGUUAUGGGAGGGGUAUGCCUGGAAGGAUGGGUGAACGCGGUUUUGGAAUGGAAAGGAAAACUCCGCCACCAGGCUACAUUUGCCAUCGUUGCAACGUUCCUGGACAUUUUAUUCAACACUGCCCCACAAACGGCGAUCCUGACUAUAAUGUUAAGAAAUUUAAACCACCUACUGGUAUCCCCAAGUCUAUGCUGAUGGCGACCCCGAAUGGCUCUUACUCCUUGCCAAGUGGUGCAGUUGCAGUUUUGAAACCAAAUGAGGACGCGUUUGAAAAGGAAAUGGAGGGAUUGCCAUCAACUACACGUUCUGUCGGGGAAUUUCCUCCAGAAUUAAGAUGCCCCUUAUGUAAAGAAGUAAUGAGAGAUGCUGCGCUGACGAGCAAAUGUUGUUUCAAGAGCUUCUGUGACAAGUGUAUUAGAGAUCACAUAAUUGCAAAGUCAAUGUGUGUUUGUGGAGCAACCAAUGUACUAGCUGAUGAUCUUCUACCUAACAAGACCCUUAGAGAUACUAUAGACCGUAUCUUGGAGUCUGGUAACAGUAGUGCUGAGAAUGCUGGCAGCAUGUGUCAAGUCCAAGAUAUGGAGUCUGCACGUUGUCCCCCUUCCAAGGUUCUAUCUCCUACUACAUCUGCUGCAUCUGGAGGCGAAAAGAAACAAGCUCCUAGUAACAACAACAAUGAGACUUCAACCCUGAAGCCAUCACUAGAAAUAGCGGAGAUCACAAGUGCUCCUAGGGAGUCUGCAGAACUAGUUAAAGUGGAAAAGCCAGUUGAUGCAUCUGAUCACACUCGAGGGUCCUUGAAUGGCAAGGAAGCAGCAGUUACACAGGUGAAUACGCAGGUCAUCAAGGAAGAAAUACCACAGCAGGUUGCUUCUGGGGAGCAAGGAAAAAAGAAGAAGAAGAAAGCUCGGAUUCCUGGACCUGACACGCAAUGGAACCCCAUGCAAAAUAUACCUGGCCCUGACUAUAUGAUGCCGAUGGGUCCAGGUCCCACUAAUCAUCAGUUCUUCAAUGGGGUGCAACCCGGUUUCAACGGCGUUCAACCAGGGUUCAAUGGCUUUCAUCAAGGUUUCAAUGGGUUUCCAGGCCCUUAUCCUGGCGCGAUGCCUCCUUUUAUGGGCUAUGGAAUGAGCCCAAUGGACAUGCCUUAUGGCGGUGUGAUGCAUCCCGGUCCUUUUGCUGCACCGGGUUUUGGGUUUCCUAAUAUACCACCACCUCAUAGGGACCUGGCGGAGAUGGCAAAUCGUAUGAAUCUCCAGCGUCCUAUAAUGGGGAGAGAAGAAUUUGAAGCUAGGAAAGCUGAGAUGAUAAGAAAGCGUGAAAACGAGGGACGAUCAGAAAGAGGGAAUAACGUAAAGGAUGGUGAGAAGAGCAGAAUGAUGAACAACUCGGCAGCGUCUUCCUCACCCAUGAAGCCAAAAUCUAGACAGGGACCUCCGCCACCAGUUCCGGAUUACGACCGUCUCAGGCGAUCGGAGAGAUUGUCGCCUGAGCGUCAGUCGUCGCGGCAGAGGGACAACUCUCCUCGUCGAGUAUCUAGCAGGAAAUCUGAGCGUGAUCGUCACCACGACCUCGAUUCAGAACACGAUCGUCGUCGCGACCGCCGGGAUGACGAUAGAAGCCGGGAACGCCACCGAGAGGCGGAUCGUAAGCACCGUAAGAGAUCCGAAAAGCCAUCAUCGGAGCCAAUUGCAGCUACCAAAGUAGAGAUCGAUGAUAGCCACAAGUCCAGCGUAUUCGCUCGGAUAAGUUUUCCCGAGGAGGAACCAUCUGGCAAGCAACGGAAAACAUCGUCAAAGUCUUCUCCAGCGCCAGAGACCUCAGUCGCCGCCGGUUCAUCGGUUCGUCGUCAUAGCCGGAGAGAAACAGAGUCGGCAGAACACGAUUCGAGUGAUGAUGAAGACAGACAUUUCAAGAGGAAGCCGUCACGGUACGAGCGAUCUCCCUCUGUGGCAGCUUCCGACGUUGGUGAUGAGAAUUUCCGCCAUUCGAAGCGAUCUAGAGGAGAAAGAUGGCGGGCUUGAUUUGGAGACGACGAAGCCAUGGCAUGAGGAAAUGACGAGAUUGCCCUCUGACUCUGAGGUCGAGGAUGUUAUCUUAAAAGCCAUAAGAUAGUUUCUUUUUUAAAAGUCUGCUUUGUUGCGAGAACUAAAGAAAAAGUCUUUUGUAAUCGGAUGUUUGUGUAUAUAAUUAAUUGGUUUUAUUUCUCACUACUUUUUGCUUUUGUUCAGUUAAGCUCGUUCUGUGACACUUUUUUAGUUUUUUUAUCUAAUAAUCAAUAUAUCUUUAUAUAUAAA